CUUCCCGCCCCACAGCCUUGUCGAAGUCUCGCGUGAGCAGGGCUUAUGGCAAAGGCGGAGAGGGAGCUGUGUGUCUCUCUUGAGGUUCCGUAGGCACCAGGGGGCGGGGCCAGGGAGGUGUGCUGGGGUGGGGGCGGGGCCUGACCCCGCCCUCAGGCCCCGCCCCUAAGCGCCGGCCCUGGGCCCGGAGGCGCUGAGAAAGGACUUCGCUGGAUUGGCACAGUCGCAUCUCCUGCAACACCCAUGGAGGGAGCCGCGGUUUGGCUGCUGCGCGGAAGCGCGCUGCUAAGAAGACAUGUCCCAACUUGCCUGUCUUCUUGGAAAACUCCUCCCCGUGUCCUGAAAUCUUCCCAAUCAGCAGCUCUGCUCGGUGUAACGGAUCAUGGGCCAUCCUGCGCCCCUCUGCAGAUGUUUACAGAGGAGGAGAUGAUGAUUAAGAACACAGUUAAAAAAUUUGCCCAGGAACAGAUUGCUCCUCUGGUUUCAACGAUGGAUGAAAAUUCAAAAAUGGAGGAAUCAGUAAUACAAGCAUUAUUUCAGCAAGGGUUGAUGGGUAUUGAAAUUGAAACAAAAUAUGGAGGAACAGGAGCUUCCUUUUUUUCCUCUAUCCUAGCGAUAGAGGAAUUAGCCAAAGUUGAUGCAUCUGUGGCUUUGGUGUGUGACCUCCAGAACACUGUCAUUAACAAUCUGAUUAGAAAACAUGGAACAGAAGAACAAAAGGCUACCUAUUUGACCGAGCUUGCGACAGAGAAAAUAGGAAGUUUCUGCCUUUCAGAGGCUGGAGCAGGGAGCGAUGCAUUUGCUUUGAAGACCAGAGCUGAUAAAAAGGGAAAUUAUUAUGUCAUCAAUGGGUCAAAGAUGUGGAUCACCAAUGCUGAGUAUGCGGGGCUCUUCCUGGUGAUGGCAAACAUAAAUUCUGACCUUGGGUAUAAAGGAAUUACCUGCUUCUUAGUGGAUCGCGAUACUGAAGGCCUUCACAUAGGGAAAGCAGAAAACAAAAUGGGGUUGAGAGCUUCUUCCACCUGCCCAUUAACGUUUGAAAACGUCAAGGUUCCAGAAACCAACAUCCUGGGACAAAUUGGACAUGGCUAUAAGUAUGCCAUAGGGAGUCUUAAUGAAGGCAGAAUAGGAAUUGCUGCACAGAUGCUGGGAUUGGCUCAAGGCUGCUUUGACCACACUAUCCCAUAUAUAAAGGAAAGGAUACAAUUUGGCAAAAGGAUAUUCGAUUUUCAGGGGCUCCAACACCAAGUGGCUCAGGUGGCCACCCAGCUGGAGGCUGCGAGAUUGCUAAUAUACAACACUGCUAGGCUUUUAGAAAGUGGAAAGUCAUUCAUAAAAGAAGCGUCCAUGGCCAAAUACUAUGCAUCAGAGAUUGCAGGCCUCACAACCAGUAAGUGUAUCGAGUGGAUGGGAGGAGUCGGCUACACCAAAGAUUUCCCUGUGGAAAAAUACUUCCGAGAUGCAAAAGUUGGCACAAUAUACGAAGGAGCUUCAAAUAUCCAGCUCAACACCAUCGCAAAGUGCAUUGACACAGAAUACUGACGUCCACAGGGACGGGCCUCUCCCCCUUGUCGCUGGUAUAAAAGUCUAAACUAUCGUGCCUUUUUGUGGAAGUAAACCUCCAUGGCAUUGAA